GUGGGGGGCGGCCGCGGCAGCAGCUGAUGCGGAGAGCGGCGCUGUGGACCCUGCAGCAUGUUCCACACUAUUCAAGACAGCACUUAAUGGUGUCAUAUAGUCUCAGUUCAGUGGGAUAUGAUCCUAAUGAAAAAACAUUUGACAAAAUUCUUGUUGCUAAUAGAGGAGAAAUUGCAUGUAGGGUUAUUAAAACUUGCAAGAGGAUGGGCAUUAAGACCGUUGCCAUCCACAGUGAUGUUGAUGCUAGUUCUUUAACCCUUGAACAAUGUGGGGAUUAAGGGUGCUGACCCGCUGUGCCAACAGAAAUCCACAUAUA